CGUCUCUUGAAGCAAAACCUCUCUUGUCAAUCUCACAUAGACGCCGCACAAUCCAUCAAAUCAGACCAUGACUGUACCUUCAGUUGACCUCGCCGCACCAAACGGUGUCAAAUGGAGCCAGCCUGUUGGGCUCUUUAUUGGCAACGAGUUUGUUGCAUCAUCCAGUGGCGAGACAAUCGCCUCUAUUGACCCAGCCACCGAAGAAGUCAUCGUCAGCGUUCAUGCUGCCAGUGCUGAGGAUGUAGAUAAAGCCGUAAAGGCUGCAAAGACAGCCCUGAAAUCUCCAGACUGGAAAUUGCUUUCAGGCUCUGAAAGGGGCCAGUUGAUGUGGCGCCUCGCCGAUCUAAUGGAGGCAAAGAAGGAACUCUUUGCGACAAUCGAAGCGUGGGAUAAUGGCAAAACCUAUCACGAAGCAUUGGAGGUGGACCUUGUCGAAGCUGUGGCCGUGAUACGGUAUUAUGCUGGCUUCUGCGAUAAAUACUUUGGACAAGUAAUCAGCACAACGCAUCAAAAGUUUGCGUACACUCUCCGCCAGCCGAUUGGAGUUGUUGGCCAGAUCAUCCCAUGGAACUACCCCCUAUCAAUGGCCACCUGGAAGCUGGGGCCUGCUCUUGCUUGCGGCAACACCGUGGUGCUCAAAGCUGCAGAGCAAACGCCGUUGAGUAUCCUCGUUCUCGGAGAGCUUGUCAAAGAGGCAGGUUUCCCGCCUGGAGUCGUCAAUUUCAUCAAUGGGCUGGGCAAAGACGCCGGCUCUGCUCUGGUGAACCAUCCUUUGGUCGAUAAGAUUGCUUUUACAGGUUCAACUGCCACGGCCUCUAGCAUCAUGGCAACUGCGGCUAAGACACUGAAGAAUAUCACUCUUGAGUCAGGAGGCAAAUCACCCCUUCUGGUAUUCAAGGAUGCCGAUAUGGACCAGGCCGCCAAGUGGUCUCACUUGGGAAUCAUGUCCAAUCAAGGACAAAUCUGCACUGCCACAUCCCGAAUCUUAGUCCAAGAAGAGGUGUAUGACGAUUUUGUCAAGAGGUUCAUUGAGACUGUGAACACGACGAGCAAAGUAGGCCACCAAUGGGCGGAAGAUACAUACCAGGGCCCACAGGUAUCCAAAGCCCAGUACGAUAGAGUACUGGGUUAUAUCGAAAUCGGAAAAAACGAAGGUGCCAAGGUUGCUACCGGAGGCAAAGCUCUCUCAAUUGGGGACAAGGGCAAGGGAUAUUUCGUCGCCCCCACUGUCUUCACCGAAGUAAACCCUUCGAUGCGCAUUUACCAGGAAGAGAUCUUUGGCCCUGUCGUUGUAAUCCUACGGUUCAAGACAGAAGAAGAAGCGAUAGCACUGGCCAAUGACUCAAUUUAUGGCCUAGGAGCUGCCGUCUUCACGAAAGAUCUGGAGAGAGCCCAUCGUGUGUCAGCCGAGAUCGAAUCUGGGAUGGUCUGGGUCAACAGCAGCCAAGAUUGCGAUCCCAGAAUACCCUUUGGAGGAGUUAAGCAGAGUGGCAUUGGCAGAGAGUUGGGAGAGGCAGGCCUGGAGGCAUAUUCUCAGACCAAAGCUGUGCAUGUGAACAUGGGAAACUGGUUAUAGAUGCAUUGACUCAGGAAUUGCUUAAUAGCGCGGCGGUUUCAUUUUAAUGUCAUAAUGUUAUAUAGGGAAAAAAUACAGCGUAAAAUUAAACAG